AUGCGAGAAUCGUAUGGAAAGACAUUUACGCUUUUGUUAGAUACUACAUCAAAAGUUGUCAACUUUAUUCCUAAAGCUUUAAAUGACCUAUCUAACUAUACUAUUAAUGAUACAUGGAUUGCAUCUAAUCUACCUAUAACUGUAAUAGAAAUGCGUAAUCUAAUGCGCUUGGCAUUCUUAGCAUCUGAAAUAGUUGGUAGUUAUCUGUGCCUAUGUAUAUUUAUUAGCAAGUCACAUCGUUAUCUGUUCACUAUAUCACUCUCAGAACUAAUAUUAGUAGAUAUAGCAGUAGAACUCAUAUUUCAACCUGAUCACCUGGUCAAGCUUAUUGAUAAACUCUUUGAUACUACACGUUGUGGGUGGUUGAUGUGGUUACCAAGCAUUGAUGAACUAUAUGAUAAUUUAACUUCUAAAAUAACUGUUGAUAGUUCCAUAAAGACAACUCAAUUAUCAAGUACAGGAAUUCAAGAUCUACAUUUGAGUAAUCUUACUGAAGGGGCUUAUAAACUUCAUCCAUCUUUUAUCUCAUUUAUCCUUAUACAACAACAAGUUAUAAAAUCUGAAGAUAGGAAUUUGAAAUCAAAAUUUGAUCUAUAUAUAUUAGAUUCUAUAAAAAAGUACCAAAUAGGCUUGGCAACUUUUGGAGUAAAUGAGAAAGUAUUUCCUUAUCUUGCUUUUUCUUAUGUAAUAGCUAAUAAUAUAGAACUUAAAAAUCUUAUUAAGUUAAUACAAGAACUUCUUGUAUCAUGGUCUGAUCCUGCUGCUAUGCAUGAAAAUAUAAAUUCUAAUGCAAAUCAGGCUAUUCGUACUUCAUAG